AUGCAGAUACCCACGGCACUGUGCAACAAUGUUGCUGGUUUCAUGGUGCUGAGAUUCAUUGCUGGAUUUCUAGGCAGCCCUGUCCUUGCGACGGGAGGAGCCACCAUGGCAGACUUGUGGAAUUUAGAUGGCGGAUUCAUGAAUGGCAUUGCAUUCUGGUCGUAUGCUGCGUGUGCUGGACCAGGCAUGGGUCCAUUGCUCUCGGGAUUUGCGGUGCAAGAGAAAGGCUGGCAUUGGAUUGUCUGGCCGCUUCUAUGCGGGACGGGGCUUACAUGGAUUUUUGUCUUCUUUCUUAUGCCUGAGACCUAUGGUGAUACCAUUUUGACGCGUCGAGCCAUCGAGUUACGGCAUAUCUCAGGGAAUGAGCUGCUCCGUUCACGAGCAGAAGAGAGAGAUACUCAAGUAUCGCUAAGUCAACUUGCGUACAGGACCUUGUACCGCCCUCUUCGAAUGACAUGUACGGAGCCUGUUUUAUUUUUUAGCGACUUGUACAUUGCGUAUGUCUACGGAAUUACCUACUGCUUUUUUGAAGCGUUUCCAUUGGUAUGCAGAUUUGCUCUGACUAGUAGACAUUCCAAGGUCGCCACCACUUUACACUGGGAGAAUCAAGCAGUGCUUACAUCACCGGCUGGAUUGUUUGUGCUAUUGCACUGGUGCUGUACUGCAUUUACAACCAAUGGCUUGUAUUGCCGUGGUUCCGUUCAGGGAAGUGGAAACCGGAAUUUAGAAUGCACGCUUGCUUCAUCGGAGGGAUCUUGUUUCCUGUUUCUUUGUUUUGGGUGGCGCAUUCCCGUUAUUUUCGACACAAAUGUUCAACCGACUGACGAUCCAAGGCGGUUGCAGUCUUCUUGGUGGAUUGGCUAUUCUUUUGAUACCCGUGACAGUCACGUUUUAUAUGUGCGGAGACAGGUUGCGCAAAAAAUCAAAAAUGGCUGGGAUGAGCAGCGUGGAAGAGCGAAAUGGAAGCAGUAG